AUGUGUGUGUUUGUUGCAGGAAACCGUCUUGUUGCUACUUGUGGUCCAGAUCCAAACGCUUUGUGUACUCCGUGUGAAAAAGACAACUUUAUCACUGAUGGAAACCCAUGGGUGUGCAAGAUAUGUGAUAAGUGUUCAGGUAAAAACAGGCAGGUGAAGGUGAACUGCACCGCCAGCAGCGACACAGUUUGUGAGUGUAAACCGGGAUAUCGAUGUGCUAAUGACAAAUGCUCUAGAUGCAUUGAAGAGUGUGGCAAGGGACACCAGCCCAGUGCAACAGGCUGUGAGCCAUGUCCUCCAGGGACGUACAAUGACAAGAUCCAUCAAUACUGCGUAAACUGGACCAAAUGUACGCAGCCAGACCAUCAAAUAAUAGUGCCUGGAAAUGCAUUCACAGAUGUAAUCUGUGGCCCUAAACCAGACACCAAACCAACAGUGUUGCCUGCAAGUGACACGGAAAGUGAGGUCACUGUUAUUCUCAUCAUCUUUGGGCUCGUCAGCAUAGCAAUACCUGUUGCUACAAUCCUCUUCCUGGAGUGGAGAAGAGGAAAGGCCACUCAGAAACCCCAUGUUGAAAAGGAAACUCAUGCAGCAGGAGGACAGACUCAAAUGUCUCUUCUUGAUGAACCCAGCUUCUGUUUUCCGCAGCAGGAACACGGCGGUAGCAAUCAGAGUUCGACCGCCUCGCUGGUCUCACAGGAUAUCGGGCCUUUGGUAGCAUGAACUGUGUUGUGUAGCAAGCUGAACAUAAAUGAGCGUUUAUUUGAAGUUAUAUGCAGAUAUGUAUAAUAUCUAUGUAUUGUGUAAUUUAUUUACUGAAUUCUACUGGAAUCCUGUCACUAAAACUGCAUUCAUGAUGUUUGUGCUAUUUUGUUGCUAUUAAAGCAGCACUAUGUAACUUUUGGUGCUCUAGCGCUUAAUAAACAGA